AGUCUAUCGAUUAAAGAAAUGUAGAUAACUGAAUAAAUUUUUCGGUAUACAUCUUACACGUUAUCUACACUUACAUAGUGUGACCGGGCUUUUAAGGCAAGUCGUUAUUAGAGAUGAAUAAUGCUAAAAUACAUUAAAAUUAAAUAAUACAUAAAAAUUCAAGCAGAGAUGAGAUGUCUGCAGUGGAGAAUGCAAGCCUAGUUAACGCCAGGGGCCAAUAAAUGAUAAAAGUCACUUAUCACCGUGACUGCGAAACCUGCAGUUUUUGUCAUCUCUAGUUCUUGUUCAACUCUGUCAUAAAUUAUUUUGAAAUUGGCUUCCAAUAAGUUUUAGGUUGUAGCGAAAUGGAGGUCAAGGAAGUUGUUGUCGUUGUAAAAUGGAGCGGCAAGGAAUACAAAAUAGUCGAUCUCACAGACCAGGACACUGUGGAAAUGCUGCGUCAUGAAAUUUACCGCAAGACUCAAGUUAGGCCAGAGCGCCAGAAGCUUCUAAAUCUCAAGCACAAGGGUAAGCCGGCAGCAGACAAUGUAAAGAUUAGCGCCCUGGAAUUAAAACCAAACUUCAAGUUAAUGAUGGUGGGCUCCACCGAGGCGGACAUUGAAGAUGCAUGCAGCCUGCCCGAUGACAUUGGCGAUGUCGUGGACGAUUUCGAUGAUGCAGAAGAUCGUGAUGAAUCGGUAGAGAAUUCGGCCGUGUAUUUGGCUAAGAUCCAGCGCCGGGUCAGAGACUACAAGAUAACUGAGCUAUCAAAACCUCGGGCGGGCAAAAAGCUAUUGGUGCUCGAUAUAGAUUACACAUUGUUUGAUCAUCGCUCGCCGGCCGAGACGGGAACCGAAUUGAUGCGCCCAUACCUGCACGAGUUUCUUACUUCUGCUUAUGAACAUUAUGACAUUGUGAUUUGGUCGGCCACCAGCAUGCGUUGGAUCGAGGAAAAGAUGCGCCUUCUAGGCGUUGCAAACCACACAAAUUACAAGAUUCUGUUCUACCUCGACUCGAAUGCAAUGAUCUCUGUCCAUGUGCCAGAGCGUGGAGUCGUGGAUGUGAAGCCUUUGGGUGUUAUCUGGGCUUUGUACAAGCAAUAUAGUUCGAGCAAUACCAUCAUGUUCGAUGACAUUCGUCGGAACUUUUUAAUGAAUCCCAAAUCUGGUCUCAAGAUACGUGCCUUUCGUCAGGCGCACUUGAAUCGCUCCAAGGAUACGGAGUUGCUCAAGUUAUCUCAAUAUUUGCGCAAGAUAGCCAUUAACUGCAAGGACUUUAGCAUGCUUAAUCAUCGCAAGUGGGAACAUUACGACCCCAAAAAGAGCUAGGCCCCCAUUUUGAUUUUCAACCCAUGCCACUUGAAUUGUAAGAUACGAAUAAGUUUAUUAAAUACACAUGAUUUUAUACAGAGCA